AUGCUCGUCGUAGUUUGCUUUUCUCUACUCCUCCUCCUCCUCCUCCUCCUCCUCCUCCUCCUCCUCCUCCUCCUCCUCCUCCUCCUCCUCCUCCUCCUCCUCCUCCUCCUCUUCCUCCUCCCAUGCUGCUUAGUCCAAGCCCUUGUACCGCUGAUGGUCUGCGGAGGGCUCUUGGCGAUGCUUUUUGUUCGCGGCGAGGCCUGGCAAGAGCCACGAGUGCUCCUGCCGACCAGCCCACACGUCCCUCUGGAUGCUCGGCUUUCCUGUCCUGUCCUGCUCAUUCCCCGAAGGAGCGCAAGGCGGGUGAUGCAAGCAAGGGGGAAUACACCAGUCAGAGCCGGCCUGUGCGUGUUGUCGGCGUGA